AUGACUUCAUACUACACCGAAGACAUCAGUAUUUUAUGUCCUCAAAUUCCCACAUCUGUGGAUAACACAACGGGCCUCAUACGGGCAUUGGAAAAUGGAACUGAAGAGGUCAGUCAUCUAUUGACCAACAGCUGCAAUUUGAUUCUGGAAUGCAGGUGCUGCAAAGCUGUGUUCCGACAUGCGAAAAACUUCCACCAUCACAAACUGAACGAUUGUCGUGCUUACCAUAUAGCUGUAACCCCCACGUAUGAACAGGUUCUGGCGCUGCAAAAAGCUGUUGCUGCAGCCUAUAAGAAAGGCCGACCGUCAACGUCCAAGCAAUCCUUCGUAGAUGAAGAAUUGGACUUUCAAACGGAAACGCUCGAAGAUGACGUAGAUUUCAUUGAUGGCUAUGACGGUAUCGAAGAAUUCUGUGGUGAUAGUGAUAGUCCAGAACCCGGUGAAGUUAUUGAUGAGCAUGAAGAAGCCGAAGUUUCCGAUGACGAUAUGUCAGAUUCAAUAGAAGAAGGCGAAUAUAUAGAGGAUUUUCCCAGUGACAACGAUCCAGCGGCGCCAUCCUCAACUAGGACUCUACUCAAACGUAUACCUUUCAGAGUGAGGAUCAUAAUCAAGCUUGAUGAAUCAGACGCAGAGGCUCUGGAGAUGGUUGACAGUUCCAGUGACGAGAGUGAAGCUAUUUCGAUACCAGAAAGUCCUCCACCUGAUGGUCAUCUAAACUUCCCCAUAUUCAACGAUCAGCUUCUGGAAUCACCGACAGAUCACGAAUAUUUUGGAAAGGACGAAACAAUUCCAACGCUUUCAUUGCUUCUUCCAGUUGCUCAAAUGGAAUAA